ACAGCUUGAGCCAAGAGCUUUGUUUUGAUCUCUUCCGUGUACUAAUUAUUAUUAUGUCAAUGUGAAAUUUCAUGUUACACAUGAUUAAUCUUUAAUCUGAGGAGGAAAACUUGCUCACACUAAGAAACGGUACUCAAGGAAGUAGAGUGGAAAAUGUGUGUGUGUGUGUGUGUGUGUGUGUGUGUGUGUGUGUGUGUGUGUGUGUGUGUGUGUGGGUGGGGGUGAGAGAACCUUACCUUAUUUCAGGAAGUUUUUCAAGCAGCAUGUUUCCCAUAGUUCAGUAUACGGGUUUGGCAGCCUUAUACAAGCUGGGAGCUCCUAUUAUGAGAUGAGUUCGCUGCCAGACACAGAAGGAGCAAUAUCAGCAGGGGAGGGAUGAAAUGUGACCUACGGAAUGGCAAUAUCGAAGAAUGGCCUGAUCAUCACUCUCCUUCUGGCGACACUUUGUAUCCUGAAAACGGGGAACAUCAUCAAAGUCCACUCAGAAGAACAACACAUCAAGAGGGCGAAAAGGGCUGAGCUUCUUGACCUCUAUGAGUAUGACGUCUCCAUAGAGCUGAACGUGAGCAGUGUUCAGACAGUCGACUUACUUCGCAGCCUGCUGGACAACAACACCUUACUGAUUGCUCUGACUCCCUCUGCAAAGGUGAAACGCAUUUACAUCACCACAGUUUGCUCCUCCAAAGAGAUCGACUUCAAGUGCAAAUGCGAAGAGGGCUUUUUUUGGUCGGGCGACCACUGUAGGACAUAUGGACCCUGUGAUGAGAUCAUCGAAGACACCUGUACUUGUAUCCAGCGCAUUCCCUCCGAUGGCCAAUACUGCCUGGCAAGGACAGACACAACAGUGUCCAACACUACACCUACUUCAGGACCAACAACAGCAGACACAACGCUGGUUACCAACGGCACAUCUCCGUCACCAAUAUCAACCACAAACCCAGCUGUUCCAAAUGCGACUACAUUUUUGACAACGCCAGCAACAACGCCUCCAUUUGGUUAUGAAUACACCGUGUCUGUUGAGCUGAGUACCACAGAUACGAGUGUAGAAUACCUACUGAGGCACAUUCUGGGAAACACUAGCUACCCCAUCCUGAUCAACAGCUUCUCCGAAAUCUCAGCAAUCAACAUGACAACAGUUUGCUAUCCAAGCAUUGAUGGUUUCUAUUGCAUAUGUGAGGAUGAGCAUCGUUGGCCAUGUGACCAGUGUUACCUGUAUGGAUCAUGUGACCACAUCACAAAUGACACAUGUGGUUGUAUCACUGCCCUUCCCACUGAUGGACAAUAUUGUCAAUCUGUUUAUCACCACAAUUUUACAUCUUGUCCAUCGACGACACCUCCUGCUACGGUAACAGCAUCUCCUCCAUUUGUUUAUGAAUACAUCAUCUCUGUUGAGCUGAACACCACAGAUGUGAAUGUGGUAAACCUACUGAGGAACAUUCUGAGAAACACCAGUUACCCCAUCGGCAUUAACAGCUACUCACACAUCUUGGACAUCAACAUGACGACAGUUUGCUAUCCAAGCAUUGAUGGUUUCUAUUGCAUAUGUGAGGAUGAGCAUCGUUGGUCAUGUGACCAGUGUUCCCUCUAUGGCUCAUGUGACUACAUCACAAAUGACACGUGUGGAUGCAUCAAUGCCAUUCCCAUUGAUGGACAAUAUUGUCAGUCUGUUUAUCACCACGAUUUUACACCUUGUCCCGUUACAACACUUCCUCCAUUUGUUUAUGAAUACAUCAUCUCUGUUGAGCUGAACACCACAGAUGUGAAUGUGGUAAACCUACUGAGGAACAUUCUGAGAAACACCAGUUACCCCAUCGGCAUUAACAGCUACUCACAAAUCUUGGACAUCAACAUGACUACAGUUUGCUAUCCAAGCAUUGAUGGUUUCUAUUGCAUAUGUGAGGAUGAGCAUCGUUGGUCAUGUGACCAGUGUUCCCUCUAUGGCUCAUGUGACUACAUCACAAAUGAUACAUGCGGAUGCAUCAAUGCCAUUCCCAUUGAUGGACAAUAUUGUCAGUCUGUUUAUCACCACGAUUUUACACCUUGUCUCGUUACAACACCUCCUCCAUUUGUUUAUGAAUACAUCAUCUCUAUUGAGCUGAACACCACAGAUGUGAAUGUGGUAAACCUACUGAGGAACAUUCUGAGAAACACCAGUUACCCCAUCGGCAUUAACAGCUACUCACACAUCUUGGACAUCAACAUGACUACAGUUUGCUAUCCAAGCAUUGAUGGUUUCUAUUGCAUAUGUGAGGAUGAGCAUCGUUGGUCAUGUGACCAGUGUUUCUUCUAUGGCUCAUGUGACUACAUCACAAAUGAUACAUGUGGAUGCAUCAAUGCCAUUCCCAUUGAUGGACAAUAUUGCCAAUCUGUUUAUCACCACGAUUUUAUGCCUUGUCCCGUUACAACACCUCCUCCAUUUGUUUAUGAAUACAUCAUCUCUGUUGAGCUGAACACCACAGAUGUGAAUGUGGUAAACCUACUGAGGAACAUUCUGAGAAACACCAGUUACCCCAUCGGCAUUAACAGCUACUCACAAAUCUUGGACAUCAACAUGACGACAGUUUGCUAUCCAAGCAUUGAUGGUUUCUAUUGCAUAUGUGAGGAUGAGCAUCGUUGGUCAUGUGACCAGUGUUCCCUCUAUGGCACAUGUGACUACAUCACAAAUGAUACAUGUGGAUGCAUCAAUGCCAUUCCCAUUGAUGGACAAUAUUGUCAAUCUGUUUAUCACCACGAUUUUACACCUUGUCCCGUUACAACACCUCCUCCAUUUGUUUAUGAAUACAUCAUCUCUGUUGAGCUGAACACCACAGAUGUGAAUGUGGUAAACCUACUGAGGAACAUUCUGAGAAACACCAGUUACCCCAUCGGCAUUAACAGCUACUCACACAUCUUGGAGAUCAACAUGACUACAGUUUGCUAUCCAAGCAUUGAUGGUUUCUAUUGCAUAUGUGAGGAUGAGCAUCGUUGGUCAUGUGACCAGUGUUCCCUCUAUGGCUCAUGUGACUACAUCACAAAUGAUACAUGUGGAUGCAUCAAUGCCAUUCCCAUUGAUGGACAAUAUUGUCAAUCUGUUUAUCACCACGAUUUUACGCCUUGUCCCGUUACAACACCUCCUCCAUUUGUUUAUGAAUACAUCAUCUCUAUUGAGCUGAACACCACAGAUGUGAAUGUGGUAAACCUACUGAGGAACAUUCUGAGAAACACCAGUUACCCCAUCGGCAUUAACAGCUACUCACAAAUCUUGGACAUCAACAUGACGACAGUUUGCUAUCCAAGCUUUGAUGGCUUCCAUUGCAUAUGUGAGGAUCAGCAUCGUUGGUCAUGUGACCAGUGUUUCUUCUAUGGCUCAUGUGACUACAUCACAAAUGACACGUGUGGAUGCAUCAAUGCCAUUCCCAUUGAUGGACAAUAUUGUCAAUCUGUUUAUCACCACGAUUUUACACCUUGUCCCGUUACAACACCUCCUCCAUUUGUUUAUGAAUACAUCAUCUCUAUUGAGCUGAACACCACAGAUGUGAAUGUGGUAAACCUACUGAGGAACAUUCUGAGAAACACCAGUUACCCCAUCGACAUUACCAGCUACUCACACAUCUUGGACAUCAACAUGACUACAGUUUGCUAUCCAAGCAUUGAUGGUGUCUAUUGCAUAUGUGAGGAUGAGCAUCGUUGGUCAUGUGACCAGUGUUUCUUCUAUGGCUCAUGUGACUACAUCACAAAUGACACGUGUGGAUGCAUCAAUGCCAUUCCCAUUGAUGGACAAUAUUGUCAGUCUGUUUAUCACCACGAUUUUACGCCUUGUCCCGUUACAACACCUCCUCCAUUUGUUUAUGAAUACAUCAUCUCUGUUGAGCUGAACACCACAGAUGUGAAUGUGGUAAACCUACUGAGGAACAUUCUGAGAAACACCAGUUACCCCAUCGGCAUUAACAGCUACUCACAAAUCUUGGACAUCAACAUGACUACAGUUUGCUAUCCAAGCAUUGAUGGUUUCUAUUGCAUAUGUGAGGAGGAGCAUCGUUGGUCAUGUGACCAGUGUUCCCUCUAUGGCUCAUGUGACUACAUCACAAAUGAUACAUGUGGAUGCAUCAAUGCCAUUCCCAUUGAUGGACAAUAUUGUCAAUCUGUUUAUCACCACGAUUUUACGCCUUGUCCCGUUACAACACCUCCUCCAUUUGUUUAUGAAUACAUCAUCUCUAUUGAGCUGAACACCACAGAUGUGAAUGUGGUAAACCUACUGAGGAACAUUCUGAGAAACACCAGUUACCCCAUCGGCAUUAACAGCUACUCACACAUCUUGGACAUCAACAUGACUACAGUUUGCUAUCCAAACACUGAUGGUUUCUAUUGCAUGUGUGAGGAUGAGCAUCGUUGGUCAUGUGACCAGUGUUUCUUCUAUGGCUCAUGUGACUACAUCACAAAUGACACGUGUGGAUGCAUCAAUGCCAUUCCCAUUGAUGGACAAUAUUGUCAAUCUGUUUAUCACCACGAUUUUACGCCUUGUCCCGUUACAACACCUCCUCCAUUUGUUUAUGAAUACAUCAUCUCUGUUGAGCUGAACACCACAGAUGUGAAUGUGGUAAACCUACUGAGGAACAUUCUGAGAAACACCAGUUACCCCAUCGACAUUAACAGCUACUCACACAUCUUGGACAUCAACAUGACUACAGUUUGCUAUCCAAACACUGAUGGUUUCUAUUGCAUAUGUGAGGAUGAGCAUCGUUGGUCAUGUGACCAGUGUUCCCUCUAUGGCUCAUGUGACUACAUCACAAAUGACACGUGUGGAUGCAUCAAUGCCAUUCCCAUUGAUGGACAAUAUUGUCAAUCUGUUUAUCACCACGAUUUUACACCUUGUCCCGUUACAACACCUCCUCCAUUUGUUUAUGAAUACAUCAUCUCUGUUGAGCUGAACACCACAGAUGUGAAUGUGGUAAACCUACUGAGGAACAUUCUGAGAAACACCAGUUACCCCAUCGGCAUUAACAGCUACUCACAAAUCUUGGACAUCAACAUGACUACAGUUUGCAGUCCAAAGAGUGAUGAAUACCAGUGCAUAUGUGAGGACCAGUAUCGUUGGGCAUGUGACCAGUGUUUCUUUUACGAAUUAUGUGACAACAUCACGGAUGACACAUGUGGAUGCAUCAAAGCCAUUCCCCUUGAUGGGCGAUACUGUCAGUCCAUUGAGCAACAUGACACCGCCGUUUGCCCGAGCACAACCCCCUUUUCUACAUAUACGACAACUGCCAGUACGACAAUAAACACAACAGCAACCCCAACACCGACAGAUUCAACAAUUGCUUCUACAACGGCUGGGAACACGACAACAGCAACAACGCCGCAAACUGUAACAAACACAACACUGGUUUCUCCGACAUCUCCAGUUACAAACAGUACGACAACUCCAGCGCCGACAACAGUAACAAACAGUACGACAACAACAGUAACAAACAGUACGACAACUCCAGCGCCGACAACGGUAACAAACAAUACGACAACUCCAGCGCCGACAACGGUAACAAACAGUACCACAACUCCAGCACCGACAACAGUAAUAAGAAGUACGACAACUCCAGCACCGACAACAGCAGUAACAACUCUGUCGACUACAGCGAAUCCACCAACAACAGUAUUUGAUUUGGACAUGACAAUCAGAUUCGACAAAGAGUACACUGCAGAAUUAGGUGAUUCAACAAGCUCUGCUUACAAUGACUUCGUGUCUCUGAUCUCUCCUGUGCUAAGUGAUCAAUAUGGAGAAAUAACAGGAUUCCAGGAUGUUGUUGUGAGGGCUUUAAGGCCAGGAAGUGUGAUUGCAGUCUUCGUUGUGCGAGCGUCUCAAGUUAACCCUGAUGAACUUGAUGUGGUAAAUCAAAGAAUCCCUCAGGCAAUGCAGGGAAUUGCCCCUGUUAAUGGCCCUGUUACUAUAACCUACAAUAGCCUGAUUGUAAUCGCAUCUCCGGCUGUGACGUAUACUGGAACGUCCAUGGCACUGAGAUGCGGCCCCCCUCCAGAUAACAUCGAUUUGGGAGAGAUCACGGACUCCAAGUGGAAAUUAAAUGGACGGGAGAUUAAAAAUGGCGGACGAAUUCAGAUAACUACAUUUGCUCGACAGUCUGAGCUAAGGGUCGGGAACGUGAUUCUAGCUGAUGCCGGUUCUUAUGAAUGUACUCUGAUGAGCAGAGUUAUGUAUUUUGUGCAAAAGGGGCAAGCCAACAUCAUCCAAGCUCCAAAUAUACGGCUACCGAGUAAAGUCAAUGUUAAAUGUUCGGCUGGACUGACGGUGCCUAUACAGUGUUGUGUGCAAUCCAACUAUGUUGUCAGGUGGUUUCUGGGCACCACUGGUUUGAUUUCAGAGCCCAGUCUUGACGGAGAAAGCUUCUGCGUCACGCACAGAUACAGUCUAAGUGACUGCAGCGAUUUCCAAACAGAAACAUUAAGUUUUACAUGCCGAGUCGAUGAACCAAAUGGGUUUCAAGACACGACAACAAUGAUCAUUUUCAACGACAAUGUUGUAUGUAAUGAUCCGCUCUAUGGGACUGGACGACUCGAUGACCUAUCAACAAUAGCAUGUGAUGCUGGUCUAGAGGGGAGCCGCACUGCAAUAUGUAGGGAUACAGGAGAAUGGAGUCUUUUGGAAGACAUUUGCAUUGUAACAGAAAUCAAGGACUUGCUACUUGUUUCGGAGGAUUUGGUUGAAGAGGACGUGCCACAAUUUGCUGCAAACCUUAGUGAAGUUGUCCAGGGGGAAAAAGAAGACAUUGUAAAUUCAUCCGCAACCAUAUCAGCCAUCGUUGAUAUCCUGAGCACCAUUGCAAACGUUUCCAGUGAAGUGAAUGAAACGGUCAUGGUGAAUGUGCUGGAGGCAGUUGAUGUCAUCAUUGGUGACGACGCAAGGGAGUCCUGGGAAAUUCUGAGAGAAAAUGUUACCCUCAAUGCUAGCUCAGAGUUGCUGGGUUCAAUGGAGACUCUCUCUGACAUAUUGGUAGGAGAGUUUACAAUCAGAACUCCAUUAAUUCUGCUCAACAGAACAUCAUUCAAUGACUCCUUCAUGGCAGACGUCAACUCCAGCGUUGUCAUCGACAUUCCAAACUCCAAUAGUAACAAUGUUUCCAUCACCACUAUUGUCUUCUCCACCCUUAAUAAUGUCCUGCCACCACGGAACUCCAGCUUUAACAGCAGCAAUCCCCAAACCAACGCAUCUGUUGCCUUGAAUGACACAAUCAAUGCUGCAGUGGCACUUGUCAGCGUAAACACAGAGAUCCGUAAUAUUACUCUGAGUUUCCAAAAGCGAAACGACUCCCUGACAGAGAACCCGCAGUGCGUCUUCUGGAACUUUACGCUUUUUGAUAACUUGGGUGCCUGGGACGAUGAGGGCUGCACAUUAGUUUCCGAUAUCAACAACACAGUGACCUGCAACUGCAACCACCUCACUUCAUUCUCCAUCCUCAUGGCAAUCGAUAUCCCUGAGUCAAUUCGGGUUUUGUUGGACGUGAUCACAUAUGUCGGAGUUGGAAUAUCUCUGGCAAGUCUUGUUAUCUGUCUCAUUAUUGAGGGAUAUGUUUGGAAAGCCUUGACCAGAAACAGCACUGCCUUCAUGCGCCAUGUUUCUAUCGUGAACACUGCACUGUCUUUGCUGAUUGCUGACAUUUGCUUCAUUAUUGCUGCGUCUUAUGCCAAGAACCCCCUUGAAAACCCGGGGGAGGACCAUAAGGUCCCAAUAGGACCAUGUAGCACCGCGACUUUUUUCAUGCACUUUUUCUACCUCGCUUUAUUCUUCUGGAUGCUCGUGUCAGGACUUCUCCUUCUCUACCGCACCGUCAUGGUCUUCUCCCAUAUGUCCAAGUCAGCCAUGUUGGCCAUUGGCUUUACGUUUGGCUACGUGUGCCCUCUGAUCAUAGCUGUGAUCACCGUUGCUGUCACAGCGCCGGGAGAUGGAUACAUCAGGGAAAAUGACGCAUGUUGGCUGAACUGGGUCAAGACCAAGGCCCUGCUGGCCUUAGUGAUACCGGCACUGACCAUAGUUGUUAUAAACAUUUUGAUCAUAAUCGUGGUCUUGUUCAAAAUGCUGAGAAGAGGCGUGAGAGAAGCGAACCCGACCGAUGAAAAGCACGCGCUGGUUGUCAUUGCCAGAUGUGUGAUCAUUUUGACUCCGUUAUUUGGACUAACGUGGUCUUUGGGAGUGGGAACCAUGGUAUCGCCCACAAACGAGGGGAUCCACAUUGCAUUUGCCUUCUUCAAUUCACUACAGGGAUUCUUCAUUUUAGUGUUUGGGACACUCUGGGAUUCAAAGAUUCGAGCCAUCCUUUCCAGAAAGCUACCCACAACAAGCACCGGCUCCAGCUCCAAUCAAACUACGAGUACAAGUGGCGGCACUUCUUUCAGUGGACUAAAAUGGAUUGGCAGGCUGCGUGGAAAGAGAAAUGUCUACCGUGUGUCAGAUGCGGCAAACUCGAGCAGCUCUCAGUCGUUCUCCAAUACCUGAACUUAAUUAUUACUCAUAUUGUACUCAACUACUGAGAUUUAGUAGAACUCUGAAGUUGAACCUUUUAAACCCUGGGCCAUUUUGCUUGAAGAAGAAAUCCCGAAGACCUUUUAAGACCUCUUCAUCAGUGGUGUCCAAAAUGCGGCCCGGGUUCUGUUUGCGGCCUGCAGCUUGUUUUCUUUUGGCCCUACAAAAAAGGAAAAAAAAAAAGGAGCAAAGAUGCGAGAAAAAGUUGAAUUGUUGAUACUAAUACCAACAUUGAUAAUACGUUAUAUAAUUUAUUAGCAUAUCGAAAUGUGCUAAGCGCAUACCAGGGAAAUGACAAAUGAUGAACUUUUCUACAAGGGUGGGGACAAAAUAUUGACAUUGCACUCGUUAUAUAAUGAUAAUAAUAAGACGUUUGGUCACCGAUAGCACAAAUGUACAAUGCAGACGACAUGGAUGAGCUUGGUACCAACAGAAUCAACUUUGAUGGUUACUAUAAAUGACAAAAUGCACAUGUAUAUGCUGCUUAUGAUACUUGUACUUGUCGGAACGGCAAAGUAUUUGGUUAAGCUAGGCCAUGUUCGUCGCAGUAGUAUUUUUUUUCAUGAAAUUAUUCAUGACGUAUGUUGGUCUCGGAUUGCGCGCUUUUAUUUUUCAAUAUUUCCCCCAUUUAAACUGCUCAUGGUUUGAUUUUGUCGUCAGUUUUCCUGUAAUCUUUUCCGUUUAGCUUGCAGCUGACGUCCUUCGAGUUACGAAGUUGAGCAAUCACCAUCACGACACAAUGAAAGACGUAACGCAUCUGAGAUACUGCUCAACUUCUGAUUACCUUGGAUUUUCAAAUAACUGGAUUGGAUUGGUUUUAGCAUCUUUAACGUGAAAACUGCAUCAAAAAUGUUUCUAUAUGCGGUUCUUGGUGGGAAAAACUUGGCCCUUGUCUUAAGCCUAGGUCAUAAUCGUAUGCGCAAUCUUUUUGACCGUGCGUUUUUUGGCGUCCCGCUGUGUUUUUGUCUUUUUUGUUCGUGGAGAACGAAGUAGUGGUGACCAUGAAGGAGUAAGAUCAUAUAUACCAAAUAUCUGAACGUGCUUCGGCCGCACUAAUUACGUAUGUGACAUAUGAAAACAUUGACAUUUUGCAGUACAAAACGUACAAAAGACACAUGUUGGAUGUCCGGUCGACGAUGUACGAAGUGCGUUAAGUUUGUCUUGCAACCUGAAAAAAACGUAAGCGGCCGCAGAGUUUGUUUACUAGGACAAAGAACCUCUACGGACAGUCUGUGCCUUGAAAAUAAGCACGUCACACACGCCUCUGUGCGUUUGUUGCACUUAGACCGCCAUUAAGAGCCUCUGCGACCUGUUGUGACCUAGGCUUUACGAGGUACGCUGAAGUUUUGCACAAUAUGACGUAACGCCAUGCAUGACUUAGUAGUUUUGUACGACCUGAGCGGCACACUUUGCCAAAUAUUGUGAGGGAAUCAUGCACUGGAAAACCUCAAACGUGUUUGACAUUCGAGUAGGGGUGGGCAGCACUGCGAUGUCUGAUAUUGACCCCAUACCGAGUAAAUACUCAUCCCAACUUUUUAUCAUUGAAUGAUUUGGUCAUUUUGCUUGUAAUUUCUUGAUCAUGAUUAUCAUCUGGAUCAGACUCGGGACAAACAAAAAUAUAUUUAUCAAGGAACUUACUGUAUUUGUGAACAAUUAAACAAUACGGGUUAUGUUCCAGGGCCAUCGGUGAAUGCCGAAAAACAGAAAGUAACUGAAACGCCCAUAAACAUGUCUAUUUUCCGCUUUUACGUCUCACAGCUACUAUGGUGCGUUCACGUACCGCCGAAGAAAGUGCGAAAUCUCAACUCUUCACAAAAAACAUGUAUCAGUGAAGCAUAAAGCCAUAAAAUUGUGGAGUUUUAACAGCGGUACAUGAGUGCUGUACAUUUUCUGUAUAUUAUUGCGUAUUUAUAAAUGAUUUUUUAAAAUAUUCUUAGGAAAAAAUAAAGAUUUUUGGAGAAAACGAUUUUUUUUAAACUAAAAUCUGCGCUCCACUGUACAGUACAGGCCAGGAUUGUCGAUACCAAUACUUUUUUAUCAUUGAAUGAUUUUGUCAUUUUGCUUGUAAUUUGUUAAUCAUGAUUAUCAUCUGGAUCAGACUCAAGAUAAACAAAAAUGCUUUUCAUAACGAACUUACUGUAUUUGUAAACAAUUUAACAAUACAGGGCCAUCAGUGAAUGCCGAAAAAACGCAUGUAAUUGAAACGCCCAUAAUGUCUAUUUGCCGCUUUUUGCGUCUCACAGCAACUGUGGUGCGUUCAAGGACCGCCGAGCAAAGUGCGAAAUCUCAACCCUCGACAAAAAACAUGUAUCAGUGGAUCAUGAAGCCAUAAAAUUGUAGACUUUUUAACAGCGGUACACGAGUGCUGUACAUUUUAUGUAUAUUAUUGCGUAUUUAUACAUUAUUUUGAAAAAAAUUCUGAGGAAAAAAAAGAUUUUGGGAGAAAAAAAAAAUUUUUUUGAACUAAAAUCUGCGCUCCACUGUACAGUACAAUCCAGUAUUGCCGAUACCAAUACUUUUUAUCAUUGAAUGAUUUUGUCAUUUUGCUUGUAAUUUAUUGAUCAUGAUUAUCAUCUGAAUCACACUCAGGACAAACAAAAAUAUAUUUAUCAACGAACUUGUGAACAAUUUAACAAUACAGUAGAUUUUAUGUUCCAGGGCCAUCGGUGAAUGCCGAAAAAACACAUGUAAUUAAAACGCCCGCUUUUUGCGUCUCACAGCAACUAUGGUGCGUUCAAGGACCGCCGAGCGAAGUGCGAAAUCUCAACCCUCGACAAAAAACAUGUAUCAGUGAAGCAUAAAGCCAUAAAACAGUGGAGAGCUUUUAACAGCGGCGCAUGCAUGCUGUACAUUUUACAUACAUAUUUAUAAAUUAUUACAGAACUUUUUCUGAGGAAAAAAAAAACAUUUUUUGAACAAAAAUCUGCAAUCCACUGUACAGUACAGGCCAGUAUUGUCGAUACCAAUACUUGAUUUUAGGCAAACACAAAAAAAUGUGUGAUCAACAAACGUAGAUGUGAACAAUUGAACAGUAUUUAAUACAACAACAUCAUCAAUGUAGCAACGUGACCAACACAACUAAAAAAAGCCCUAUUUGUGAACACAGUCAUACCGAAGAGAACAGAAAAAUCUUGAUCUCAUCACUCUCGUACCAGUCUGAUACUAGAUACUACCCUUGGUAUCGACACCGUCCAUAUUGGAAUGGAUUUUGCCAACCCCUACUUUAGAGGUUCCACUGUACCGUACUCUGCUUUGUACAGUCUUUACUGUACAUUUAAACUGCCUUCAAAUAUCUGUUAAAGAUGGACAAGGUAACAACUAAUAAUUUAACAAUAACGGCUAAAUUGAAUGAUAUCAGUGUCGGAAAUAAAAUGUUUUCUGUCGUGUGUGUUCAUAAAGACAAACUGUUUUGAAUGGAUGUGUUGUAAUAUACAGUAUGUGUAAGUUUGCCAUUUAUUUUUUGUAUUUUGUAGUAAUGUUAUGGAACAAGUUAAAAAACCCUGAUUUAUAGUAUUUAUACUUUUGUGUAUGUUUGUGUGAUAAAAAAGAAUGAUUCUAAGUCGCAAACAAGUAAAACCUACAAGAUGGCCGGAAGGUUAGUUCACAUUAGGUAAGAUUUUGUACUAUUUUUAUGUGACAUGCUUUUUGUGACGCUGAUGAAUCCAUGGAGGACAUUUUUUGAAUGCCUCAUGCUUGGCAAAGCAUCAACGUCGUUCACAACCGAGAAGGUACGACGCAGUCAAGUCUUUCAUUCAAUGUGAUAUUUCAUGUAAUAAAUCAUUUGUAUUUUUAUUGUA